UUAAAAAAGAAUAUCGAGUUUGAUUCGCUCGUUUGAAACGUUAGUAAGGCAUUGCUUUAAUAAUAUAUUUACCGUUACCAUCAGUCAGUAGUUUGACUCUGAGCAUUGUAGUUGUAACGCUGUCAAAACCAGACUAGGAUGUAGUAGCUGCUAGCGGAGAAGCGCUUUUGGGCUGCUUUCUGCUGCUGUUCAGUUCACAGUAUUAUAGUAAUAAUAAUAAUCAAUAAUAUGGCUUUAAAUAGCACUUUUUCUCACGCUCGCACUCAAAGCGCUUUACAGUGAAACUCAUCCACCACCACCAAUGUGUGUCACCCACCUGGGUGAUGCACGGCAGACAUUCUGGGCUGGAACGCUCUCUUUUCUCCCUCUUCGCCUCAGCUGAUGUGAACAGUUUGUAAGCAAAUGAAACUCUGGUGCAGACGGACGCGCAGCAAGUGGCCAGCGACAAGUUUGUCUUCAACCUGCCCGACUAUGAGAAUGUUAACCACGUGGUGGUGUUCAUGCUCGGCACCGUGCCGUUCCCCGCCGGAAUGGGGGGCGCCGUGUACUUCUCCUUCCCAGACGCCUCUGCGGGACAGGUGUGGCAGCUGCUCGGGUUCAUUACCAACGAGAAGCCCAGCGCGAUCUUCAAGAUCUCGGGACUGAAAGCCGGUGUUGGCGGGGAGCACCCGUUUGGGAUGAUGGUGCCCCAGGCGGCCUUGAUGGCACAAGUGGGCGUGUCCAUCGAGGCUCUGGACCAGCUGGCACAGCAGAUGCCCGUGUGCAAUGCCAACGUGUCCACCGUCGAUUCCUUCACACAGUUCACUCAGAAGAUGCUGGACAGCCUGUAUAAUUACUCCUCAUCCUACGCUGUGACGCAGGCACAGAUGAGCCCCAACCCCACAGAGACCUUCAUCCCAGCCAGCUCCAUCCUACGCUGGUAUGAGAAUUUCCAGAGGAGGAUGGCACAGAACCCUGGGUUCUGGAAGACGUGAACCUGCAGCUUUUAGAACCGGAGACUGAAGUACGGCCUCCUCCUGCCAAAGGGUGCCACUGCUGUGGAACCAACCGCCUGUCGACCUGCCGGAAGAGCCCAGUGCUCUACCCUCUGCCCCAAAAACUUUCACACUGAAGAGCCCAGUGCUCUACCCUCUGCCCCAAAAACUUUCACACUGCAGAGCCCAGUGCUCUACCCUCUGCCCCAAAAACUUUCACACUGCAGAGCCCAGUGCUCUACCCUCUGCCCCACAAACUUUCACACUGAAGAGCCAAGUCCUCUACCCUCUGCCCCACAAACUUUCACACUGAAGAGUCAAGUUCUCUACCCUCUGCACCAUAAAUUUUCACACUGAAGAGUCAAGUUCUCUACCCUCUGCACCAAAAACUUUCACACUAAAAAGACAAGUUCUCUACCCUCUGCCCCACAAACUUUCACACUGAAGAGUCAAGUUCUCUACCCUCUGCACCAUAAAUUUUCACACUGCAGAGCCCAGUGCUCUACCCUCUGCCCCAAAAACUUUCACACUGAAGAGCCAAGUCCUCUACCCUCUGCCCCACAAACUUUCACACUGAAGAGUCAAGUUCUCUACCCUCUGCACCAUAAAUUUUCACACUGAAGAGUCAAGUUCUCUACCCUCUGCCCCACAAACUUUCACACUGAAGAGUCAAGUUCUCUACCCUCUGCACCAUAAAUUUUCACACUGCAGAGCCCAGUGCUCUACCCUCUGCCCCAAAAACUUUCACACUGAAGAGCCAAGUCCUCUACCCUCUGCCCCACAAACUUUCACACUGAAGAGUCAAGUUCUCUACCCUCUGCCCCACAAACUUUCACACUGAAGAGUCAAGUUCUCUACCCUCUGCACCAUAAAUUUUCACACUGCAGAGCCCAGUGCUCUACCCUCUGCCCCACAAACUUUCACACUGAAGAGCCCAGUGCACCACCCUCUGCACCACAGACCUUCACACCAAAACUGCCAAGGAAAUUCAGCUUGCACGCAGCUCAAAUAAACUGGAGUAAAAUGCUG